AUGGAGAUGAAAGGUUACCGGCUGUUUUGGUAUGAUGGGAAAAAGUGUUAUGUAAUGGCUGACGAGUGGACAAGAUUUUUUAAGAUCAUUCUUGAGACACAAAUGAGUUCCCUGUCUCUCCCUCCUGCAAUUUCGGAACAUUAUGGGUCCGAGCUUCCACAAAAAUGUAUAAUCCAGACUUUAGAAGGACGUGAGUAUGAAGUAACUCUGAAAAUGGUGGAUAAUCAGCCGACCUUGGUCGAAGGAUGGGAUGCUUACAUUCAGGCAGAAUACAUUGAAAUACAUUACAUUCUGUUUUUCAAGAGAAUCAAUAAUUUCCAUUUCGAAAUUAUGGUGACGGACAAAACUGGUUGUGAAAGAACACCGAUAUACCACUUUUGUUUGGACAUAAAAAAAUCGCACAUUGACCGGGCACGCUUCCCAAUUCCAAUACGUUUUUGGAGAGACCACAUCGAGGGAAACUUUAACAACUACACUAAGGCUGUCAUCAUGUUCAAUGAGAAGGUUUAUAAAGUUGAUGUAAUUCAUGGUAAUGGCAAGAGAUUGUUGCAAAACGGAGGUGCUCGACAGUUUGUGAUUGAUAGUGGCAUAUUGGUUGGUUCUUCAUGCAUGUUCACCCACGUAGGACCACUCAACCCGGAUAAAGUGAUCAAGUUCAGGGAAUGUUUUGAUCUUACUCUGAAAGGGAAGCUGCCAAGUUACCUUCCACAUGUUCAAGAUUUCCUUAUGAUUGCCGCAAUCACCCGUACUGACCUCAGAAUACCUUCAGUGCUUAUUGAUGGUGUUGUAGACUUCUUUGACAGAGAAAAUGCCUGGCCUGCACCAAUCCCACACCAGAUUAUGUCUCAAGCUCACAGGAUUCAGAAGAAUGCGCUUAAGUCUUUGAACACCAAACCCCCCCAUCCUUGGGUCUAUCUAACUUAA